CUUCCUCUCGUUGUUUAGUGAACUCCGCUCACAUAGCUUGCCGGCGUUUAUUUGUCAUUUUCUUCCUUCGAUUCUUGCUUGCCUAAAGCCGAGCAUCAUGAGCACCCUUGUUCACAACACCGUCGAACGCCUCGACCGGCCGAGUGCCUACUACCUGGGCAAGAACAAGCGUCGCAAGUUCAGCCACGAUGAGGUCGAAAAGCCUGAAGAUCCCGUCGACAACCUAAAGGAUGCCACCACUCUUUACGUCGGUAAUCUUUCUUUCUACACCACCGAAGAGCAGAUCCACGAACUAUUUGCCAAGUGCGGCGAGAUUAAGCGUCUAGUUAUGGGUCUGGAUCGGUACAACAAGACCCCCUGCGGAUUUUGCUUCGUCGAGUACUACACCCACCAGGAUGCGCUGGACUGUUUGAAAUACAUUGGUGGCACAAAGCUGGAUGAGAGAAUCAUUCGGACGGAUCUGGAUCCUGGCUUCGAGGAGGGUCGGCAAUACGGACGUGGUAAAUCGGGUGGUCAGGUCCGCGACGAGUACCGCGAGGAAUACGACCCUGGCCGUGGUGGCUAUGGACGUGCCUAUGCGGAUGACCAGCGACGACGGGAGGAAGAGGAGUACGGCAAGGGUAAGUAAAAGGGGGAGACAGACAUAUUCAGGUUGGCGCAAAAACGGCGUUUUCAUAUGUACAAUCUAUUUCUAUCAUUGCUAGAAAGGCAUUCAAGAAAGAAAAAAUUUACAC